CGCCGCGCCCCGGCCCCAUGGAGGAGCGGGAGGGCGAGCUGCGCUGGGACGGGCUCUGCAGCCGCGCCGCCGCCACCCGCGCCGCCGCGCUGGACAACGUCGGGCAAGCAGUGCUCCGCCGCAGCCGGAGCGUCGCUCCCGGGCUCGCUGCCGGCGGGCUGCCUGCUGCCGCCGCCCGCGACGGGCUGAGCGAGGCGCUGGUCCGCCUCCUGAUGCUGUCCAAGCGCUGCCCGUUCCGCGACGUGAGGGAGAGGAGCGAGGCCAUCCUGAGCAGCGUGCAGGAACUCGGCAUAAGAAUUCCUAGACCACUGGGACACGGCCCAAGCAGAUUCAUCCCAGAGAAGGAGACCGUUCAAGUGGGAAGCGAAGACGCCAUGAUGCACACACUGUUUGCAGACUCUUUCGCUACGCUGGGUCGACUGGACAACGUUACCUUGGUGAUGGUUUUCCACCCACAGUAUCUGGAAAGCUUUCUGAAAACUCAGCACUAUCUGCUGCAGAUGGACGGCCCGCUCCCUCUUCAUUACCGGCACUACAUCGGGAUAAUGGCUGCAGCCAGACAUCAGUGCUCUUACCUUGUUAACCUCCACGUGAAUGACUUCCUGCAUGUUGGUGGAGACCCUAAAUGGUUGAACGGCCUGGAAAAUGCGCCGCAAAAACUGCAAAAUUUGGGAGAACUGAACAAAAUGUUGGCUCACCGACCCUGGCUUAUCACCAAGGAGCAUAUCGAGCAACUUUUGAAGACAGAAGAGAACAGCUGGUCCCUGGCAGAGCUGAUCCAUGCCGUUGUUCUCCUGACACACUACCACUCCCUUGCUUCCUUCACGUUUGGCUGCGGAAUCAGCCCGGAGAUCGACUGCGAAGGCGGUCACACCUUCAGGCCACCUUCCGUCAGCAACUACUGCUUGUGUGAUAUCACAAAUGGCUACCACGGGGUGGAUGACAUUCAUGCCAGCCCAGCUGCAAGUAUUCCGACUACAGAGUCUGUCUGUGAAGUGGAAGCUCUUAUGGAGAAAAUGAAGCAACUGCAGGAGUGCAGAGAUGAAGAGGAAGCCAGCCAGGAGGAGAUGGCUACACGUUUUGAAAGAGAGAAGAGAGAAAGCAUGUUCGUGUGUUCUUCAGAAGAUGAAGAAUCGGCACCAACAAGAGAUGUGUCUCGUCACUUUGAGGACACCAGCUAUGGUUACAAAGACUUCUCCAGACACGGGAUGCACGUGCCCACCUUUCGAGCUCAGGAUUACUCUUGGGAGGACCAUGGCUAUUCCUUGGUUAAUCGUCUUUACCCGGAUGUGGGACAGCUACUUGAUGAGAAGUUUCACAUUGCGUAUAAUCUGACUUACAACACAAUGGCCAUGCACAAAGAUGUGGAUACCUCAAUGCUAAGACGAGCUAUUUGGAACUAUAUUCAUUGUAUGUUUGGAAUAAGAUACGAUGAUUAUGACUAUGGUGAAAUUAAUCAGUUGUUGGACCGCAGCUUUAAAGUUUAUAUCAAGACUGUGGUUUGCACUCCUGAAAAGACCACAAAAAGAAUGUACGAUAGCUUCUGGAGGCAGUUUGAACACUCUGAGAAGGGGCAAACGACCUUACCGCCUCUUCCUUUGCUAACAACCCCCUCCGCUCCACAGGUCCAUGUAAAUUUGCUUCUGGUAGAAGCUCGGAUGCAAGCCGAACUACUUUAUGCUCUGAGAGCUAUUACUCGCUAUAUGACCUGAUGUCUCCGGCUGCCUGUCGACGCUGGAAUGUUCCGCAGCUGCAGUAUGGCAGAGGAAGAUAUGAAGCCUCAGGACCAAUGGUAGCUAUGAAUUAAGAUGCCCAUUGUGCCAUAACUCCCUUAGUUUCAGCUCUUUCCACGUUUGGAAUGUCACCGCUGCCGCGGGGCAGUGAACGCUUGGCAGUUGAAAAGAUGGGGCUGUGCCAAAGUGCUGCCCCAUGGGGCGGUUUGGCCUCAGCCAGCACGGGACGCUCUAUGGACUUGUGGCAAUAUCGCAAACGAUAGCUGUAUAGAUCUUGUAAGGCAAGCACAACACGAGUUGGAGCGUGAAAAGAAGUGGGACUUGAUGACAUUUGCUUUCCCUACGAGAAUAAUUUUAGAAAAUCUUGAUGCUGCUAUUUGUGCUGGUGGAGCAAACAGAGAGGCUGUUCCAGCUGAGCUCAAAGUGAAAGCGAGCACUGCUAUUGUCUGAGCCUUUAUUGUGCGUGGUUUCCAAAAAGCCUUGUUAUUUAGAUUUAUUUUUAAUCAGAACUAAACCUCCUCUGUCCACACUGACGAUUUGAAAGAUAGCAGUCAAUUUUCUCAAAUAGUUUAGCCUUAAGAUGCCGUAGGACAUUCGUUCAGCGUUAUUUGGUGAGCUCCAAAGUGCAAUGGUCUUCCUAUGGAAAGAGGAGGCACGUGGUCCUUAGAGCUUUGUACAGACCUGACCACGGCCGGGGUCACGCAGCCCCUUGUCCUGCUUCUCCAGGGUGAGCUGAUCCCUGCUCUGGGGCUGCGACAAGGGAUGGGAAUGUUGUGCUAGGCUGCCAAACAGUCCUACUGUGUUACAUGCCCAACGCUGGUCUUACUGAUUUUUUGCAGUUGCUUAAAUAACUAGGCUAAAAACCAUCUAUUUUUAGUAAAUCAAAACAUGAUUAAAAUGCUGACAUUUAAUAUACAGUGGUUUUGGAGAACACAUGAAUACUUUUGUAGGAGUGUGAAUUGCUUUUUAAAUAUGUCAGUAUUAUUGGUAUUUUUUAAAUAAAGAUGAUAACAACUUUUU